AGGUCCCUGCUUCUCAUGCUGUAAAUCCCUUGGGUAGGUAGGCAGGCUUCGCUCUGGAACUGCCCGCUUCCUGCUCAAGCUGAAGUCUCCAGCCAGGCUCUGCUAAGGAUAUGGUUAGAGGGGCUGCCGGACAAGCACGGUGGUCCAGCACCUGGAGGCAGAUUGUGGCCAGAGCCCUUGUUGUGGCAACCCCACGGGUGUGUCAAAGUGUGUCCCCCAGAACAGAGCUUGCAACCCUGCAACGCUUUUGUUGGAAAACAUUAAAAUAGAUCUCAUGGCCACAUAAGUAUGGCCACUGCCUGUCUAAGCUCUUUAGACAACUUGAGAAGUCCCACAGUGAAGCUUCCUGUUGAACUCUGCUUUUCCCAAGUGGCUGUGACCUUGAAGGUAUCUCCAUGCGAUGCAUGGCCUGUACCUGGGAAACUGAGGUCACCUCUACUUUAGAUGAUCUGUCCCAGUCUCAGCCCAUAAACCUCUUAUAAACACCCAGGCCCUGCAGGCCAACCCCAACAGUGGAGGCAGAACCCAGCCUGCUCUCGGCAACUGGACUAGCUUUCCCUACACCUGUUUCUGAUCACCCAGACAGUCCUUACUGCCUGUGCCCUGCGGCCUGGGAGAGAAAUAGCUGGAGAGAGGGAGGUGCUAACGCUGUGCAAGGUCCCACCCAGAGGAGACACCAUGUGUGUCCACUGCCCGUGGCUCCUCCUGAUUCUGGGACAUGCGGCUUUGGCUUCGUACGACUCACCAAUUAGAUGGACUGUUGACCAUCCCCAAACCCUCUUCGCCUGGGAGGGAGCCUGCAUCCGGAUUCCUUGCCGGUACAAAGCUCCACAACCCAGGGCACAUUUGGACAACAUCGUCCUUUUUCACAACUAUACGUUUGACAACAGCAUUGGGGAUUUCAAAGGAACUAUCCUGUACAGCACAAAGACUAAGAAGAACACAGAAACUGAGCUGUACCUUUCAAAGCAAGGGAGAGUAACAUUUCUGGGAAACAGAAAAGACAAUUGUACCCUGAAAAUCCACCCGGUACAUGUCAAUGACAGUGGGGAGCUGGGGUUCAGGAUGACCUCGGGGAAAGAGAAAUGGAUGGAGUCCAUUCACCUCAAUGUCUCUGAGAGACCGUUCCAACCUUACAUCCAGCUGCCGUCAGAAAUCCGGGAAUCCCAAAGGGUCACUCUGACCUGUAGACUGAAUUUCACCUGCUUUGAGUAUGACAUCCACUUGCGUUGGAUCCCAGAAGAGUCCGAGACCUCUUCCAUCACCUCUUCUGUCACCUCCUCGGUUGAGAAUGUCUAUACAGAGAGCAAGCUCACCUUCCAGCCAAAGUGGACGGACCACGGAAAGACUGUGACGUGCCAAGUCUGGCACUCGUCUAAAGUGCUCUCUGAGAACACAGUGCGUCUGGAUGUUAAGUACACCCCCAAACUGAAGAUCGAGGUCAACCCCACAGAGGUCAAGGAGGGCAACUCUGUGACCAUGACAUGCCAAGUUAACAGCAGCAACCCGCAACUCAGGACGAUGGCGGUGUCCUGGUUCAAGGAUGGGCUCCCCCUAAAGAAUCAGGGACAGGAAGAGGAACAGAUGUCCAAGCUAACUCUGCAUUCAGUGACCAAGGACAUGAGAGGGGAAUACUACUGCCAGGCUUCCAACGACAUAGGCCGAGGAGAGUCGGAAAAAGUGACACUCACUGUGUACUAUGCUCCAGAACCCUCCAGGGUUCACAUCUAUCCUUCACCCGCUGAAGAGGGACAGCCAGUAGAGCUGAUUUGUGACUCACCGGCCAGUCCGAGUGCAACAAACUACACCUGGUACCACAACAGGAAAGAAGUACCUGGAAACACCCAAGAGAAGCUCCACAUCCCUAACGUCUCCCUGUGGCAGGCUGGGAAUUACUCCUGCUUGGCAGAGAACCAUCUGGGUCGUGGACAGAUAUACCAGGAAGCUGUGCUGGAUGUCCAUUAUGCUCCCAAGGCGGUAACCACAGUGAUUCAAAGCCUCACACCAAUUCGGGAAGGAGACAGUGUGACCCUGAUCUGUAGGUACAACUCCAGCAAUCCAGACGUCACCUCCUACCAAUGGAGCCCUCAAGGUUCUGGAAGUGAGCUCACACCGGGAGUGCUGAGGAUCCAGAAAGUGACAUGGGAUUCCAUGCCUGUCAGAUGUGCUGCCUGCAACCACAAGUGUUCGUGGGCCUCCUUCGUCAGCCUGAAUGUCCACUAUGCCCCCAGAGCCGUGAAGGUACUGAAGGUGAGCCCCGCAUCAGAGAUCCACGCUGGGCAGCAUGUCCUCCUCCAAUGUAACUUCUCAGGGAGCAACCCUGCAGAGGUCCGCUUCUUCUGGAAGAAGAAUGGGAGCCUUGUGCAGGAAGGGAGAGAGCUGAGCUUCAGCUCCAUCUCUCCAGAAGAUUCUGGAAAUUAUAACUGCAUGGUCAACAACUCCAUCGGAGAGACCUCGUCACAGGCCUGGAGCCUCCAAGUGCUGUAUGCUCCUCGGAGGAUGCGUGUGUCCAUCAGUCCUGGGGACCGUGUGAUGGAGGGGACGAAGGCCACCUUGUCCUGUGAGAGUGAUGCCAACCCACCUAUCUCGCAGUACACCUGGCUUGACUCCAGUGGCCAAGACCUCUACUCCUCAGGCCAGAAACUGAGACUGGAACCCCUGAGGGUCCAACACACUGGUUCCUACCGCUGCCAAGGGACCAACAAGCUAGGCACAGGAGAGUCACCGCCCAGCACCCUCACUGUCUACUACAGCCCAGAGACCAUCGGCAAGCGGGUCGCCUUGGGACUAGGGUUCUGCUUGGCUGUCUGCAUCCUGACCAUCUGGGGGAUGAAAAUCCAGAAAAAAUGGAAGCAUAAUCGGAGCCAUCAGGGGCUUCAGGAAAAUUCCAGUGGCCAGAGCUUUUUUGUGAGGAACAAAAAGGCUAGAAGGACCCCUCUCUCAGAAGGCUCCCAAUCCCAGGGAUGCUACAAUCCGGCGAUGGAUGACACUGUUAGUUAUGCCAUCUUGAGAUUUCCAGAGAGCGACAUGCACAGCGCUGGAGAUAUAGGGACUCCAGCAACACAGGAUCCUCCUCCAAACGACACCGACACGGUCACUUACUCGGUGCUACAGAAGCGGCCUAUGGGCGAUUAUGAGAACGUGAGUCCAAGCUGCCCGGAGGAUGAGAGCAUCCAUUACUCAGAGCUGGUUCAGUUUGGGGCUGGUAAGCGGCCCCAGGCAAAGGAAGAUGUAGACUAUGUGACCCUCAAGCACUGAGGUGGGUAGCAGCUGCAGUGGCAGGUUCACCAGCCUAAAGAAGACAACAACUUCAGCUGCUGUGGCUCAGCUGCUAAGACGUGUGCAUGCCUGCAUGGUCAUCUAAAAACCUGUGUCCGGCCAGACCUAGCCGGCCUUCUCUGUACUGGUGAUCCUUCCCCCACACUGUGCAGCAUCUGCUCCUCCAACCCCAGGCACCCACCACCAUCCACGCCAUCCAGAGCCUCACUUCAGCUGGAUGUGUUCUUGCUGUGAUCCGUCACUAAUAUUUCUUCUUCUCUGACCCCUUGAUACUCCACCCCACUGACUAGUCUUACUACCCACUUUCUGGCCCUGGAGAGAAAUCUCCAGGAACAGCAGAAGUAAAGAAGCAAGAGGCACCGCCCCCAGCUGGUUUUUCUCCUACAAAGAUGUCUACAAGUAAGUCGGACCUUCUGUGGAGAUGGUCCCUUCCCUCAGGGGUCCUGGACGCUGAGCAGACAGAAUGGCAUGGACAUUUUAUAUAUAUAAUUCAAUAAUGCUUCAUAUUAAAAAUGGCAGCUGUCAUAUGAA